AUGGGCUCACCUGAACUGUCCGCUCGCUCUGCGGCGCCGAAAGAUCACACGAUCUCCUCGAAACGCACAAAGGUCGUCAAGAAGAAAGCUCCCACCGUCCGCAAGCCCAAACAGCCUGGUCGCAGGUACUUGAACGGGUUGAUGAAAGCCGAGAUUCCUGCUCGCUCAGAAUUGAUGAAGAUCUUGAACAACUUCGGAUUCGAUAAUCUGGACACAUGCGACCGAUGGAUCCUGGGCCGCCCACUCGGUCAGAGACGUCUCAUCGUCUCAGUGGACAUGCCAUUCGGGUACUACAGUCUCUACAAGGACGGUUUUCGCAAACUGCUCCGACAGACGUUCCCGGGGAUUACGAAAGUAAACCUGCACACCAAGAUGGCUGAGAUGAGCCAACGUAUCAUUACUAGCACUUGGUUUCACACAGUGCCUACCAGGGAGCCUCUCAACGAGACUAAGCAGAGGUUCGUUGACCAGGUCAAGAAGAAGGAGGGUGAUGGAAUUGAGGUCGACUGGUACAGUGGGUCCGCCAACUCUUUGGUCUACCUGCACUAUUGA